AUGGUCACUGAGAGAGAACGUAACACAUUUCUUGCACGGCUCUGUGAGCAGGCCGAGCGCUACGACGAGAUGGUCACCUACAUGAAAGAGGUGGCCAAAGAGGCCAAGGAAAUCACCGUAGACGAGCGCAACCUUCUUUCGGUUGCUUAUAAGAACGUGAUUGGCACUCGUCGUGCCAGCUGGCGUCUUAUUGUGUCGAUUGAGCAGAAGGAAGAGCAAAAAGGUAACUCAAAGCACCUGGAGCAGGUCACCGCUUAUAAGCGAAAGAUCGAGAAGGAGCUUGAGGAUAUCUGCAACGAGGUGCUAUCUUUCGUUGAGGAGUACCUGCUCCCUUAUGCCAGCGAUGGCGAGUCCAAGGUCUUUUACUACAAACUCAUGGGCGAUUAUCACCGCUACCUUGCUGAAUUCGCCCAUACUGACAAAAAGCAAGGAGCGGCGGAGGCUGCUCACAAGGCCUACCAGAAGGCUAGCGAGAUUGCCCAAGAAGUCCUCUCCCCUACUCACCCUAUCCGUCUUGGUUUGGCCCUGAACUACAGUGUCUUCUACUAUGAGAUUCUCAACUCUGCCAGCAAGGCUUGCGAGUUGGCCAAGCAGGCAUUCGACGAUGCCAUCUCUGAGCUCGACUCUUUACCUGAGGAGCUGUACCGUGACUCGACUCUGAUCAUGCAGCUUCUCCGCGAUAACUUGUCCUACUGGGCAUCCACCGAGCAGCAGGAUACCACCGAGGCCACUGAGGCUGCUGCUGGAGCGGCUGCUUCGGAGCAUGUGGCUCCUGAUGCAAGUAAGGCGUAG